CAAUCUACACACAAAAGGAAAAUAGAAUUUGAACAUUUUCAGCUCAUAUGGGAGCUCCUUUUAAAAGAUGAAUGUUGAUUAUUUCAUGUCAUGAUAUUAGCUUCCAAUAAAUUCCGAACAGGAUUUUUCAGGAGAUUUUGAGAAGCGGUAGCGGAAACCCCCAAAAUAACAUUUAUCAUGCUGAUAUGCAAAGGAACUUUCUAGUAUUCUAAAAAUAACUAUGACAUGACGAAAUGUUUUGGUUGCGCAGUCACAUGACCAUGAUUUUGUAAAUUUGACAGCUCUUAUAAAAAGCAGGUUGUGCCUCCAUUAUCAAACUUGCGCUGUAGAGAAAACCAAAAACAGGAAGAAAAUAGUUCAAAGAAACUGUUUCUGAAGAAUAUACUAGUUGUCAUCGAGGGAAUCAACUCAAAAUGUCGUUGACUGUAAAAGCUUUUUUGAUGAAAGGAGGAGACGAGAAGGCUGAAAUUCGGCGCUUCACGGUCCCGACAGACGUGUCAAGCAGUUUUGAUUACCUGCAGAAGAAAAUUGCCGAGAUUUUUCCAGGUCUUGCUCGUGGGAAUUUUUCCCUGUAUUGGAAAGAUGAGGAUGGAGAUUUGAUUGCCUUUUCUACUGGAGAGGAGUUGCUGGAGGCCUUGGGAUUUGUUGACAAUGGACUUUUCCGUGUUUUCAUCAGACCUACUACCCAGUCCACAAAUAGCAAUCCAAUUGGAAAUGUCCCUCCCCAGGAGCAUCCAGGAAUUGUCUGUGAUGGCUGCGAAGGAAAAGUGAUUGGAAGGCGGUACAAGUGCACUAUCUGUCCUGAUUAUGACCUGUGUCAGACAUGCGAGUCGAAGGGAAUCCACGCUGAGCACAACUUCAUUAUGUAUGAUACCCCAACCCAAGGAUUUGGCUUCCCCUUCUGCGGUCCCCCAAGACAUGGACCUCAUGGCCAAGGACCACCAUGUGCCCCUCCACAUUUCUUCCGGUGGAUGGAAAGAAUGGCUAGAAGACAGCAGAACAGAGAAAAUGCAGGUUGCCCAUGGAAUACCCAGAGAAAUACUGAGGAAAAGGCAUCAAAUGAACCCAAAUGUGAGAACUCCUGCAACCCGGAGGAGUUCCUACAGUCUGUUGGUCAGUCUGUGGCUGCCAUGCUGGAUCCACUAGGUAUCGAUGUUGAAGUGGAUGUGGAACAUGGAGGACGAAGAUGUCCAGCAUGGGGCCAAGGCAGUAAAUGCAGAGGAAGAAAAGGUGGAAGAUGCGGACAAGGGAAGUGUGGAAAGAAGGGAGAGCAGGAGGAGAAAAUGGAAUCUGAUAAACCAGAACCUGAACCAGAGAGUCAGAAGGCUCCAGAGGAGACAACUCCAAUGGCCACUGACAAUGCUGACAAACCAGAGACUGAUGGUCCAUCCACCAGCAAAGGAAGCAACCCAGAGACUGUAUACAAGGACUUGGAGACCUGGACCAUCUUGGAGGAUGGUGAUAACUCAGGUCCAAGGCCCACCCCCAUGGCCGCUGCUCCAGUUCAGCCUCCUCCAGUCCAGCUGAUCUAUCCUCCCACAGAUCCUACGAUUGCCACUGCCCUGCAACAGAUGCUGGGAAUGGGUUUCCACAAUGAGGGAGGAUGGUUGCAGCGCCUUCUGGAGGAGAAAGAUGGCAACAUCAGUCAGGUGUUGGAUUCCAUUCAGACCAAGGCUAAGGUUACCUCGGAUGGAAGCUACAUGGCCUGAAUGUGUAUACAGAGCAUCUUGUGAACAGAGAUCUAGCUUUUAAAUGUUUUUAGAUACUUUUAACCUUAAGGAUCAUCGUAAAAUUUAAGUGUUGAUUUUCUGUUCUUGUUUCAAUACCAGUUUAUUUUUUGUCUCCAUUUAUGUUACUACAUGUACAUGUAUUAUGCUAAAACUUUUCUCUAUUGGUGACUUCUGAGACAUUGUUAUUCAAAAGAAUGUACAAUAUAAUUGAUUGUUGUAUUAGUUUAUGGCUUCAAUAUAUUUUUUUUAUGGAAUGGUUUUGCAGAUCUGACAAAUAACAAGGAUUAUGCCCCAAAUAUUAGGUAUAUAUAAACUGGCCAAUAUUCAGUUACUCUUUCAUGUGGUUUUUGCAUAUAUUUGUGUAUAGAUAUUAAUUUUCAUGGUAUUUCUGUGAAUAAAAUUUGGAUUUUGAAAAUGAAA